GAUUUAAUUAAUAAAAGUUCUCAGUUCUGCAAAUAUUCCAAGGUACGACUUCUCGAAGGGCGGAUAUCGCAGAUUCAAUUAUAAAUGUGGCUUGUGAUUUUUUGCUUCGUUUACAUCUACAACGUGUACUUUUUGAUGACGAUGUGAACGCCCGGGAGAAACUAAAGGCCGGUCAAUCGAAUGGACAUCAUGUUGACUCCCUGCUGAUUAAUAAUCGCAGCUUUUAAUAAUUUACGUCUAUCACACAUACCGCGAAUGGAAUGAUUCACCUCAGCGAUGCGUCGUAUCUUUAUCUAGGACGCUCUUAUCCACUUAUCUUAUAUUUGCCAGUGAUAAAGCACCGUAACGUUAGGCAAUGAUGCUCGGGUACCUGUCGACGUUCCCGAUCGACUAAUUACGUUGCUUGUCGCGUCGCAUCGUCCCCGAAAUAUUCGCCUCCCUUACGUGAAUCGGUGAAGCGUGAAUUCGCGACGGAGGAUAUCUGCCGCAAAAACGCAAGGAGAUGAUCGCCAAGAAUACCGACCCGCCCUUCGAGAAGCGGAUCAACGCCGUCAAAUUCACGAUUUUCUGCUUGAACGCAGUAAUAUGGAUCCUGGGAUGCGCGAUGUUCGGACUGUCAAUCUGGAUGCGGUUCGAGCCGAUGUUCGAGGAGUGGGUGGAGUUUUUGAACAUGUAUGAGUUCUACAUCGGGAUUUACGUGCUGGUCGCUACCUCGGUGCUUAUCAUGGCCAUUUCCUUCAUCGGCUGCGCUGCCGCGCUUAUGGAACACAUCAUGACGUUAUACACUCACGUGGCUCUCCAAGCCUUCAGCUUCAUCUGCUGUCUAGCCGGAGCGGCGGUCAUUCUCGAUUUUUCAACGUACGACAGUAAGAUUCAGCCCAUCAUCGAACGGUCCAUGUACAACCUGAUCAGCAACUCCCAUCACGACACGGCGAGCUUCAUCCUGCGAGUAAUCCAGGAAACCGUCGGAUGCUGCGGGGCUGACGGACCCAGGGAUUACACGCAGAUGCGUAAACCGCUGCCCACCGAGUGCCGGAGCACCGUCACCGGGAACGCCUUCCAUCACGGCUGCGUGGAGGAAUUGUCCUGGUUUCUGGAAGCGAGAUCGGGAUGGCUCGCCGGUCUCGCGAUGGCGUUGUGCAUGCUCCAUGUGCUCAUAGCGGUGCUGUCGCUGUCGCUUGUACGUCUGAUCAAGAAGGAACAGGAUUACGUAACACCGUACAGACGUUAGGCAUCAAUUCAUCGUCUAACGACGGAACAGUGACAUAUUAUAAUAUAUUAAUUAGCAUAAUUAUAUAAUUUUUUUUACAAGAAAAGAAACAGAAAGUUAUAAAUUCUAUCAAAUUGCGAUUUUCGCGAGUAUAUAUACUUCAAAAAAGUGACAAGGAUAUGUAAUCAGGGAUAUAUAAUAAUUUCUGCGUUUGUAUCUUUUAAUUUCUAAAGCUUUCAAUUUUUAAAGCUAAAACAAAAUUCGAUUUUCUUUAUAAUAAAUCUUCAUGAGUUUAAAGUUGGCUUGAGAUUCGAAACGAAAUGGUACGUACAUAUACAUCGUCACUGCUUUAUAAAGAGCCUAAAAUUACAUUUUAAUUAUCGCUAAUUAAUUGCGACAAACAUUCAUGCGUUUCACUUUAAUCAAGUACUUUCAGCACAUUCAAUUUGCUCUCCUAUUAACAUUUUUGUAAUUUUGUACAUCUUUUUUAUUCCCUUGCAUGAUUUAUACUUAUAACUUAAUCUUUACAAAAAGAGAUUUAUAUAUGGAAAACAGAGAAAGAAUGCAUAAAUAAAUUAAGUUGCUUAAUAAUUAUUAAAUACCAAUAUAAUAUAAUCGAACAGUUAUUGCUAAAAAUGAGAUAUUAUCUCUGAUAUUCAACGUAAAAAUUCGCGACAAUAUAUUGAUAAUAAAAUAAAAAAAGAAUAAAUGAAUACAAAAGUAGCUAAAUCGAAUUAUGAUUUAAUAAUUAUCGUGAAUAAUCACAUCGUUUAUAAUAUUAUAUGUGUAAGAAGUAACAUUCCGAUUUUUGCUGGAAAAUGAAAAUUUUAAAUUCUACAUCGUUUCAAUUUAACGUAUUGAUCAUACUCGCUUUUGUAAACUGUUAAAUCAUAUUGUUCAUUUUAUUAUACGUACGUUGUACACUUAAUUAAAAUUUACGUUAUAUUAACAAA